AUGGAUCCUGGUGGUUGUAAGUUUGGACAUCAAAUCUUGAAUUUGAGUUUGCUCUCAUUGAACAGAUUCUUCCCUGUUACUGCCAUGUUGCCUUUGACAGAGUUCCCAGGAUUCAUACAUGUGUUCGACAAAAACUGCCACUACUCAAAGCUUCCAUCUUCCUACGCUUACAAACUCGUAAAGGCCAAUGUCGAUUCUCUGAAACUCAUUCAGUUGGGUCUCGCCCUCUCCAAUUAUGCCGGCCACUUACCAGACCUUGGCACCGAUUCUUGCUACGUCUGGGAAUUCAAUUUCAAAGGCUUCGACUUCGGUGGCAACUAUCAUAAUCCGGACACAAUUCAGUUACUCGCAGAACAAAGAAUCGAUUUCGUCAAGAUUAGGGAAGAGGGGAUCUUAAUUGGGGCAUUUAGAAGAUUAUUUCUGAGAUUAAAAUUAUGUUUAAUAGGCUGA